AUGAAAGAUAAUAAGGAGGCUUACUACAUGGAGGAAAGCAGGAAGUAUGGAUCCAGGAGUCGGGAAAGGAUGAAUGCAGGAGGCAGAUACCAUCACAAGAAUGAGCAUAACCAUGGUGGUUAUAGGAAGUCUUCCGUUGAUAAUUACACCAAACGAAAUGAAGCCUCCCAUGUAGAAAGGGGUCGAAAUUAUUCCAGAGACAGGAGAGACUAUCACCAGCAUGCACAACGCCAGCACCACCGCGAAAAUGGAUAUGAGGGCAAUCGAGGAGGACACAGCCUGAGCCGCACACGCAGCCGUAGUCCACAUCACCAUAAGUUGCCACGAGACAAAUAUCACAACAAGUCUCCAAAGAGAAACUUUUCUAAAGAGAGGAAUAGAAACGGUGUUGUGUAUGACGAUCGAAAUGGGGAUAGGAGGCGUGGUGAUAAGUACAAGUACGAGAAGGAAGGCGGCAGCAAGUGGGACAGCAAGAACGGAGGGCACUACGAGCAUGAGCGUUAUUCUCAUGAGCGUUAUCCGCAUGAGCGUGCCCCAUAUGAUCGUGCCCCAUAUGAUCGUGCCCCAUAUGACCGUCCCCCAUAUGACCGUCCCCCACAUGAAAGAUGUCCUCAUGAGCGUCCUCCAUAUGAUCGUCCGCCACAUGACCGUCCUGCAUAUGAUCGCCCUCCUCGUGAUCGCCCCGCAUAUGAUCGCCCCCCACAUGGGCACUACCCAGGUGGUCCACACAACAGCAACACGUAUGAGUACCGAGAAGGUCGCGACGAAAGAAUGAAUAUGAGAAAAUAUUCGCCAGGUGCAGAAAGACAAAGAUACAUGUACGAAAAUGAUGCGUACCGAAUGGGUAACAAUAUUGGGAUGAUGAGAAGAGAACGACCAAGAGAGAUGAGGAAUUAUUUUUAUAAAAAAGCAGACCCAUGUAAAAUCUUCGUAGGGAAUAUAUCCCCCGAAGCGAGAGAAGAAGAUGUGAGGCGGAAAUUUUUAAAGUAUGGUGAUAUUGUAAAUAUGCAAUGGAAAACGAGAUUUGCAUUUAUAGAGUAUGAAAAAAUAUCCCAUGCAGAGGUGGCAAUAAGGGAAGAAAAUGGAAAAAUAUUUUUUGGAGAAGAGUUAAAUGUGCAACCACAUCAUGCAGGCAAUUAUUUUAACAACCGAAAUGAUAAUAGAUAUGACAACCGAAUUGACAACAGAAAUGAAAAUACAAGUGACAACCGAAAUUAUUAUCCCCCCCCUCCAUACGGCAGGAACUAUUCCCCCAAACGAAAUGAAAACAGAGAGAAAAAAAAUUCCUUACGAAUUGUAGUAAAAAAUGUACAUGAAAAAGCUAGCUGGCAGGACCUGAAAGAUUUUGGAAGGGAUAUAGGUUCAGUUAAUUAUGCAAAUAUUAUUCAGGACGAUAAUAAGGAAAGGUUUGGCAUAAUAGAAUAUUACAAUUAUGAACAUGUGAAGAAGGCAGUGGAAGUUUUAAAUGGUCGUAAGUUUAAUGGUGUUUCUGUGGAAGUUAUGAAAUUUGUUGAUUCAGCUCUAAAUUUAAAAUUCAAAAAUAGGGGUGAAGAUAAAAGGGACGGUAAUUUCCAUCACAACUAUUCUGGUGACAAGGAUAGGACGCAUCAUCGAGAUGGGUAUGAUGCGGACAGGGAGGGCUACAGGAGGGAGCGUUUUUCUGAAAGGCCCCAUGAUAGGCGGGAUGGAGAUGACAGGCGGGAUGGAGAUGACAGGCGGGAUGAAGACGACAGGCGCGAUAGAGAUGACAGGCGGGAUGAAGACGACAGGCGGGAUAGAGACGACAGGGAUGACAGGCGUGAGAGGAACACAUUUGGCAGAGACGAAAAGGAGCACGGGGAACAUGACAAAUCAGACAGGGACAGAGACCACCGAAGGGGAAGCAUGAACAGCGAUAGGAGAAGGGGUAGCUCACAAGAUAAGGACAGAGACGAUGGAGUAGAUGGAGGAAAGAGGGAUGGAAGGGACGACGGUAAUGAUAUGGACAGGCGCAGUCAGUUAAGUGGCAGAAGAGGCAACAGCAAGGAGGAUAGGGAGGACAAUUUGCGCGAGGAGGACAGGUUGUCUAGGAAAAGUGGUAGUAGUGGCCGCAGCGGAAGCAUCAUGAAGGAUAGGUACAAAAGUGGAGGAGCGGAGUCCACGGCCAGCACUAAACAGGGCAGGAGCAACAAAAAUGACAGAAGCGAAAGUGCAGAACGUGUAUUAGACGAUCAGGGAAGUUCUGUGAAAGGAAAAGACAAGGAAGAUGAGUACUCUGUGGAUAAGGAAAGAGAGGAGGCCAUUAAAAACGACAGAGAGCUGAGCACACGAGGAGACGAUGAGGAUGAAAAUAUGUACAAGAGCGACGAGGACGGAAGUGUUAUCGAUUCUACGAAUGUGAGAGAUAAGAUCGAGCAGAAUGUAGAUGAUGGUUUGAAGGAUGGUGAGGGAGAUCGUUAUGGUGGAAGCCGAAGCAGGAGCAGAAGUGUGAGCGUGAAAGCGAAGAAGCAAACGAAUAAAAGAAACACGAAAGGAAGACGAAAGGGCAGAAAGGCAUGCGAUGAUUCUGCCUCCAGGAGAGAUUUACAGGAUAGUUAUUACGAGGACAAUGCGAACAACGACAAGUGGGCUGUUUCCAAGAAGGUGUGUGUAGAUAAGGCAAAUUCCACUGCCAGUGGUUCGUAA